AUGACCUCCACCACAACCUCCACAGCACCUCUGACCCCCACUGCAGCCUCCACCACCUCAAGGGAGACCUUCACCACAGCCACCACCACAGAGGCCACCACAGGUUCAGUGACCAGCUCAACAGAGUCCUCCACGUCCUCUCCCACACCUCCAGGCACCUCCACAACAGCCUCCAGCACUGUGGUCACCUCCAGCCCUCUCUCCACCACAGAAACCACCUCCACAAUGACCUCUAGACCUGAUGGUAGCUCAGCUACUUCCUCCACCUCAGGAGACACCUCCAGUACAGGCACCACCAGUGCAGAGACCUCUGCCUUCUCCACCACACAGGACACCUCCACAACACCACCCCUCACCACCUCAGCAGAUACAUCCACCACAACCUCCAUGACACCUCUGACCUCCACCACAACCUCUACAGCACCAGUGACCCCCACUCCAGCCUCCACCACCUCAAGGGAGACCUUCACCACAGCCACCACCACAGAAGCCACCACAGGUUCAGUGACCAGGUCAACAGAGUCCUCCACGUCCUCUCCCACACCUCCAGGCACCUCCACAACAGCCUCCAGCACUGUGGUCACCUCCAGCCCUGUCUCUACCACAGAAACCACCUCCACAACGACCUCUAGACCUGAUGGCACCUCAGCUACUUCCUCCACCUCGGGAAUCACCUCCAGUACAGGCACCACCAGUGCAGAGACCUCUGCCUUCUCCACCACACAGGACACCUCCACAACACCACCCCUCACCACCUCAGAGCAAACCUCCACCACAACCUCCACGACACCUCUGACCUCCACCGCAACCUCUACAGCACCAGUGACCCCCACUCCAGCCUCCACCACCUCAAGGGAGACCUUCACCACAGCCACCACCACAGAAGCCACCACAGGUUCAGUGACCAGCUCAGCGGAGUCCUCCACGUCCUCUCCCACACCUCCAGGCACCUCCACAACAGCCUCCAGCACUGUGGUCACCUCCAGCCCUGUCUCCACCACAGAAACCACCUCCACAACAACCUCUAGACCUGAUGGUAGCUCAGCUACUUCCUCCACCUCAGGAGACACCUCCAGUACAGGCACCACCAGUGCAGAGACCUCUGCCUUCUCCAUCACACAGGCCACAUCCACGACACCACCCCUCACCACCUCAGCACAAACCUCCACCACAACCUCCAUGACACCUCUGACCUCCAACGCAACCUCCACAGCACCAGUGACCCCCACUCCAGCCUCCACCACCUCAAGGGAGACCUUCACCACAGCCACCACCACAGAAGCCACCACAGGUUCAGUGACCAGCUCAACAGAGUCCUCUACAUCCUCUCCCACACCUCCAGGCACCUCCACAACAGCCUCCAGCACUGUGGUCACCUCCAGCCCUGUCUCCACCACAGAAAGCACCUCCACAACAACCUCUACACCUGAUGGUAGCUCAGCUACUUCCUCCACCUCAGGAGACACCUCCAGUACAGGCACCACCAGUGCAGAGACCUCUGCCUUCUCCACCACACAGGCCACAUCCACGACACCACCCCUCACCACCUCAGCACAAACCUCCACCACAACCUCCACAGCACCUCUGACCCCCACUGCAGCCUCCUCCACCUCGGGGGAGACCUUCACCACAGCCACCACCACACAGGGCACAACAACUGCAGAGUCCUCCAUGUCCUCUGCCACACCUCCAGGAACCACAAUGACUGCCUCUAGCACUGUGGUCACCUCCAGCCCUGUCUCCACCAUGGAAAGCACCUCCACAACAACCUCAGCUGCUUCCUCCACCUCGGAAAUCACCUCCAGUACAGGCACCACCAGUGCAGAGACCUCUGCCUUCUCCACCACACAGGCCACCUCCACAACACCACCCCUCACCACCUCAGCACAAACCUCCACCACAGCCUCCAAAACACCUCUCACCUCCACCACAACCUCCACGACACCUCUGACCCCCACUGCAGCCUCCACCACCUCGGGGGAGACCUUCACCACAGCCACCACCACAGAGGCCACCACAGGUUCAGUGACCAGCUCAACAGAGUCCUCCACGUCCUCUCCCACACCUCCAGGCACCUCCACAACAGCCUCCAGCACUGUGGUCACCUCCAGCCCUGUCUCCACCACAGAAACCACCUCCACAAUGACCUCUAGACCUGAUGGUAGCUCAGCUACUUCCUCCACCUCAGGAGACACCUCCAGUACAGGCACCACCAGUGCAGAGACCUCUGCCUUCUCCACCACACAGGACACCUCCACAACACCACCCCUCACCACCUCAGCAGAUACAUCCACCACAACCUCCAUGACACCUCUGACCUCCACCACAACCUCUACAGCACCAGUGACCCCCAAUGCAGCCUCCACCACCUCAGGGGAGACCUUCACCACAGCCACCACCACAGAAGCCACCACAGGUUCAGUGACCAGCUCAACAGAGUCCUCCACGCCCUCUCCCACACCUCCAGGCACCUCCACAACAGCCUCCAGCACUGUGGUCACCUCCAGCCCUGUCUCCACCACAGAAACCACCUCCACAACAACCUCCAGACCUGAUGGUAGCUCAGCUACUUCCUCCACCUCAGGAGACACCUCCAGUACAGGCACCACCAGUGCAGAGACCUCUGCCUUCUCCACCACACAGGACACCUCCACAACACCAACCCUCACCACCUCAGAGCAAACCUCCACCACAACCUCCACGACACCUCUGACCUCCACCACAACCUCUACAGCACCAGUGACCCCCAAUGCAGCCUCCACCACCUCAAGGGAGACCUUCACCACAGCCACCACCACAGAAGCCACCACAGGUUCAGUGACCAGGUCAACAGAGUCCUCCACGUCCUCUCCCACACCUCCAGGCACCUCCACAACAGCCUCCAGCACUGUGGUCACCUCCAGCCCUCUCUCCACCACAGAAAGCACCUCCACAACAACCUCUAGACCUGAUGGUAGCUCAGCUACUUCCUUCACCUCGGGAAUCACCUCCAGUACAGGCACCACCAGUGCAGAGACCUCUGCCUUCUCCACCACACAGGCCACCUCCACAACACCACCCCUCACCACCUCAGCACAAACCUCCACCACAACCUCCACAGCACCUCUGACCCCCACUGCAGCCUCCUCCACCUCGGGGGAGACCUUCACCACAGCCACCACCACACAGGGCACCACAACUGCAGAGUCCUCCAUGUCCUCUGCCACACCUCCAGGCACCUCAACUACAGCCUCUAGCACUGUGGUCACCUCCAGCCCUGUCUCCACCAUGGAAAGCACCUCCACAACAACCUCAGCUGCUUCCUCCACCUUGGAAAUCACCUCCAGUACAGGCACCACCAGUGCAGAGACCUCUGCCUUCUCUACCACACAGGACACCUCCACAACACCAACCCUCACCACCUCAGCAGACACAUCUACCACAACCUCCAUGACACCUCUGACCUCCACCGCAACCUCUACAGCACCAGUGACCCCCACUCCAGCCUCCACCACCUCAAGGGAGACCUUCACCACAGCCACCACCACAGAAGCCACCACAGGUUCAGUGACCAGGUCAACAGAGUCCUCCACGUCCUCUCCCACACCUCCAGGCACCUCCACAACAGCCUCCAGCACUGUGGUCACCUCCAGCCCUCUCUCCACCACAGAAACCACCUCCACAACGACCUCCACUGCUGAUGGCACCUCAGCUACUUCCUCCACCUCGGGAAUCACCUCCAGUACAGGCACCACCAGUGCAGAGACCUCUGCCUUCUCCACCACACAGGCCACCUCCACAACACCACCCCUCACCACCUCAGCACAAACCUCCACCACAACCUCCACGACACCUCUGACCCCCACUGCAGCCUCCACCACCUCAGGGGAGACCUUCACCACAGCCACCACCACAGAGGCCACCACAGGUUCAGUGACCAGCUCAGUGGAGUCCUCCACGUCCUCUCCCACACCUCCAGGCACCUCCACAACAGCCUCCAGCACUGUGGUCACCUCCAGCCCUCUCUCCACCACAGAAACCACCUCCACAACCACCUCAGCCACUUCCUCCACCUCGGAAAUCACCUCCGGUACGGGCACCACCAGUGCAGAGACCUCUGCCUUCUCCACCACACAGGACACCUCCACAACACCAACCCUCACCACCUCAGAGCAAACCUCCACCACAACCUCCACGACACCUCUGACCUCCACCACAACCUCUACAGCACCAGUGACCCCCAAUGCAGCCUCCACGACACCAACCCUGACCACCUCAGCAGACACAUCCAACACAACCUCCAUGACACCUCUGACCUCCACCGCAACCUCUACAGCACCAGUGACCCCCACUCCAGCCUCCACCACCUCAAGGGAGACCUUCACCACAGCCACCAUCACAGAAGCCACCACAGGUUCAGUGACCAGGUCAACAGAGUCCUCCACGUCCUCUCCCACACCUCCAGGCACCUCCACAACAGCCUCCAGCACUGUGGUCACCUCCAGCCCUGUCUCCACCACAGAAACCACCUCCACAACGACCUCUAGACCUGAUGGCACCUCAGCUACUUCCUCCACCUCGGGAAUCACCUCCACACAAACCUCCACAACAACAACCUCCACGACUCCUCUGACCUCCACAAGACCCACCACCACCUCGGGGGAGACCUUCACCACAGCCACCACCACAGAGGCCACCACAGGUUCAGUGACCAGGUCAACAGAGUCCUCCACGUCCUCUCCCACACCUCCAGGCACCUCCACUACAGCCUCUAGCACUGUGGUCACCUCCAGCCCUGUCUCCACCACAGAAACCACCUCCAUGACCACCUCAGCCACUUCCUCCACCUCGGGAAUCACCUCCAGUACAGGCACCACCAGUGCAGAGACCUCUGCCUUCUCCACCACACAGGACACCUCCACAACACCAACCCUCACCACCUCAGCACAAACCUCCACCACAGUCUCCACGACUCCUCUGACCUCCACCACAACCUCCACAGCACCAAUGACCUCCACCACAACCUCUACAGCACCAGUGACCCCCACUCCAGCCUCCACCACCUCAAGGGAGACCUUCACCACAGCCACCACCACAGAAGCCACCACAGGUUCAGUGACCAGGUCAACAGAGUCCUCCACGUCCUCUCCCACACCUCCAGGCACCUCCACAACAGCCUCCAGCACUGUGGUCACCUCCAGCCCUCUCUCCACCACAGAAACCACCUCCACAACGACCUCUAGACCUGAUGGUAGCUCAGCCACUUCCUGCACCUCAGGAGACACCUCCAGUACAGGCACCACCAGUGCAGAGACCUCUGCCUUCUCCACCACACAGGCCACCUCCACAACACCACCCCUCACCACCUCAGAGCAAACCUCCACCACAACCUCCACGACACCUCUGACCUCCACCACAACCUCUACAGCACCAGUGACCCCCACUCCAGCCUCCACCACCUCAGGGGAGACCUUCACCACUGCCACCACCACAGAAGCCACCACAGGUUCAGUGACCAGGUCAACAGAGUCCUCCACGUCCUCUCCCACACCUCCAGGCACCUCAACUACAGCCUCCAGCACUGUGGUCACCUCCAGCCCUGUCUCUACCACAGAAACCACCUCCACAAUGACCUCUAGACCUGAUGGUAGCUCAGUUACUUCCUCCACCUCGGGAGUCACCUCCAGUACAGGCACCACCAGUGCAGAGACCUCUGCCUUCUCCACCACACAGACCACAUCCACAACACCACCCCUCACCACCUCAGCAGACACAUCCACCACAACCUCCACAACACCUCUGACCUCCACCACAACCUCUACAGCACCUCUGACCCCCACUGUAGCCUCCACCACCUCGGGGGAGACCUUCAUCACAGCCACCACCACAGAGGACACCACAACUGCAGAGUCCUCCACGUCCUCUGCCACACCUCCAGGAACCACAAUGACUGCCUCUAGCACUGUGGUCACCUCCAGCCCUGUCUCCACCAUGGAAAGCACCUCCACAACAACCUCUGCUGCUUCCUCCACCUCGGAAAUCACCUCCAGUACAGUCACCACCAGUGCAGAGACCUCUGCCUUCUCCACCACACAGACCACAUCCACGACACCACCCCUCACCACCUCAGCAGACACAUCCACCACAACCUCCACGACACCUCUGACCUCCACCACAACCUCCACAGCACCAAUGACCCCCACUGCAGCCUCCCCCACCUCAAGGGAGACCUUCACCACAGCCACCACCACAGAAGCCACCACAGCCUCCAGCACUGUGGUCACCUCCAGCCCUGUCUCCACCACAGAAACCACCUCCAUGACCACCUCAGCCACUUCCUCCACCUCGGAAAUCACCUCCGGUACGGGCACCACCAGUGCAGAGACCUCUGCCUUCUCCACCACACAGGACACCUCCACAACACCAACCCUCACCACCUCAGCACAAACCUCCACCACAACAACCUCCACGACUCCUCUGACCUCCACAAGACCCACCACCACCUCAGGGGAGACCUUCACCACUGCCACCGCCACAGAAGCCACCACAGGUUCAGUGACCAGGUCAACAGAGUCCUCCACGUCCUCUCCCACACCUCCAGGCACCUCCAUGACUGCCUCUAGCACUGUGGUCACCUCCAGCCCUGUCUCCACCACAGAAACCACCUCCACAACGACCUCUAGACCUGAUGGUAGCUCAGUUACUUCCUCCACCUCGGGAAUCACCUCCAGUACAGGCACCACCAGUGCAGAGACCUCUGCCUUCUCCACCACACAGGCCACCUCCACAACACCACCCCUCACCACCUCAGCACAAACCUCCACCACAACCUCCACAACACCUCUGACCUCCAUCACAACCUCCACGACACCUCUGACCUCCACUGCAACCUCCACAACACCCUUGACCUCCACAACUGCAGCAUCCACCACCUCAGGGGAGACCUUCACCACAGCCACCACCACAGAGGCCACCACAGGUUCAGUGACCAGCUCAGCGGAGUCCUCCACGUCCUCUCCCACACCUCCAGGCACCUCCACAACAGCCUCCAGCACUGUGGUCACCUCCAGCCCUCUCUCCACCACAGAAACCACCUCCACAACAACCUCUAGACCUGAUGGUAGCUCAGCUACUUCCUCCACCUCGGGGAUCACCUCCAGUACAGGCACCACCAGUGCAGAGACCUCUGCCUUCUCCAUCACACAGGCCACCUCCACAACACCAACCUUCACCACCUCAGCACAAACCUCCACCACAACCUCCAUGACACCUCUGACCUCCACCAAAAUCUCCACAGCACCAAUGACCCCCACUGCAGCCUCCACCACCUCAAGGGAGACCUUCACCACAGCCACCACCACAGAGGGCACAACAACUGCAGAGUCCUCCACAUCCUCUGCCACACCUCCAGGAACCACAAUGACUGCCUCUAGCACUGUGGUCACCUCCAGCCCUGUCUCCACCAUGGAAAGCACCUCCACAACAACCUCAGCUGCUUCCUCCACCUCGGGAAUCACCUCCAGUACAGGCACCACCAGUGCAGAGACCUCUGCCUUCUCCACCACACAGGACACCUCCACAACACCAACCCUCACCACCUCAGCACAAACCUCCACCACAACCUCCACAGCACCUCUCACCUCCACAAGACCCACCACCACCUCGGGGGAGACCUUCACCACAGCCACCACCACAGAGGCCACCACAGGUUCAGUGACCAGCUCAGCGGAGUCCUCCACGUCCUCUCCCACACCUCCAGGAACCUCCACUACAGCCUCUAGCUCUGUGGUCACCUCCAGUCCUGUCUCCACCAUGGAAGGCUCCUCCAUGACCACCUCAGCCACUUCCUCCACCUCGGAAAUCACCUCCACUGCAGACACCACCGGUGCAGAGACCUGUGUAUUUUUCACCACACGAGGCACCUCCACAACUCCACUUCUCACCACCUUAGAAGACACCUCCACCACAAUCUCCACGACAGCAAUGACCUCCACUGAACCCACCAGCACCUCAGGUGAAACCUUCACCACAGCCACCACCACAGAGGCCACCACAGGUUCAGUGACCAGCUCAGCGGAGUCCUCCACGUCCUCUCCCACACCUCCAGGCACCUCCACUACAGCCUCUAGUACUGUGGUCACCUCCAGCCCUGUCUCCACCACGGAAACCACCUCCACAACAACCUCUACACCUGAUGGUAGCUCAGCUACUGCCUCCACCUCGGAAAUCACCUCCAGUACAGGCACCACCAGUGCAGAGACCUCUGCCUUCUCCACCACACAAGUCACCUCCGCAACACCACCCCUCACCACCUCAGCAGACACCUCCACAGCAACCUCCACGACACCAAUGACCUCUACAAUGGCCACUACCACCUCAGGGGAGACCUUCACCACAGCCACCACAGAAGCCACCACAACUGCAGAGUCCUCCACGUCCUCUCCCACACCUCCAGGCACCUCCACAACAGCCUCUAGCACUGUGGUCACCUCCAGCCCUGUCUCCACCACAGAAACCACCUCCAUGACCACCUCAGCCACUUCCUCCACCUCAGAAAUCACCUCCGGUACAGGCACCACCAAUGCAGAGACCUCUGCCUUCUCCACCACACAGGCCACCUCCACAACUCCACCCCUCACCACCUCAGCAGACACAUCCACCACAACUUCCACGACACCUCUGACCUCCACCACAGCCUCCACCACCUCGGGGGAGACCUUCACCACUGCCACCACCACAGAGGCCACCACAACUGCAGAGUCCUCCACAUCCUCUACCACCUCUCAAGGCACCUCCACGACAACCUCCAGCACUGUGGUCACUUCCAGCCCUGUCUCCUCCACUUUGGUAGCCACCUCCACGACGUUCCCUGCAGCCUUUAUUACAAAUAGUUCCUCCACUACCCUAAGGAGCUCUACAACCUCCUCUACCACAGAAGGGACCUCCACAGCUAUCAUUCCUGCAGUUGUCUGCCAGCAUGGAGGCACCUACGAUGGCAUCAAGUGUCUCUGCACCUCCAUGUUCUAUGGCCCCCUGUGCGAAUUCUCCGUCGAUUACAUUGACACCAACCUCCCUUACCCAGGGACGAUCAUGAUGGAGGCCCAGAUGGUGGUGACCGUCACCAACUUCAACUACACGGCAGAGCUGAACGACACCCGCUCGGAGGCUUACCUCGAGUUUGAUGAUCACUUCAGGAGAGAGAUAAUGAAGAUCUACGGGUACAUCUCCGGCUACGAGGGAGUGAGGAUCAUCCGCCUCAGGCCCGGCAGCAUCGUGGUGGAACAUGAGAUCUUCUUCACCGCCCCGGCGAGUGACAACACAGCGGAGAACUUCCAGAACAUGACGGAGCAGCUGGUGCAGAGGCUGCAGGAUACGGAGGCAAACCAGGGCGCCUGCCAGCACAACAAGUCCGUCCUCUGCCUCACCGUCACCCCCAACCCUGUUCUCAAGAGCGUGACGGAGACGUCGUCCCUGGCCGAUAUCUGCUGGCUGCGAGCGCCCAGCGAGUACCGGGACUUCUACUACCCGCUGACCACAGAUGGCCUCAUCCGCUGCAUCACCGCCUGCACGGCCAACACGCCCGACACCAUGGACUGCCACUACGGCCAGUGUCACGUCACCCGGGCUGGUCCUCAGUGCUUCUGCCAGGAUGAGUCCAUGUACUGGUACGCGGGCGCGAACUGCUCCCAGCGCAUCAGCAAACUGGGCGCAGGCCUGGGGCUGGUGGCCACCGUCCUGCUCAUCGCCUGCGUCGUGCUCGCGGUGCUGCUGAUCGGCGUCCGGAGGAGGAGGUACAACGUCAGCAAAGCCCGCUCCGACAACGGAAGCAGCUGGUACGAGGAGGACGGACUCGCCUGGAACUCGCCCGACGGCUUCGCGUACCAAAACCGAGGAGCCGCCGACUUCGCAGGAGGUGACACUCUCCGUAGCUUCCAGCCCUCGCUGGACGUGGUGGACACCUCCAUGCCGAACCGGGACCGGGACAAGGACCGGGACUGGGGCUGCGGCCGGGACCGGGACAAGGACCAGGACCUGGACCGGGACCAGGACUGGGACAGGGACCGGGACUGGGGCUGCGGCCGGGACCGGGACAAGGACCAGGACCUGGACUGGGACCAGGACCGGGACUGGGGCUGCGGCUGGGACCGGGACAAGGACCUGGACCUGGACCUGAACUGGGACUGA